GUCGCUCGAGGAACACGCUGCUCAGCCUCACCUCACCAUCAGGUCAAAAUGGCAGCUAGAGGGCGCGGCAGCAAUGCCCUCUACCUCGAGCUACUUCAACAUCAGCAUGAACAGCUCAAGGCGUCUUCAAGCCUGGCGGCACCACACUAUGCCCGCGCCAUUGCAGCACUCAGUGCCUGUCCGGUACCACUGAACGAUGUUGAGGCGCUUGGCGAUCUCGAUGGCUUCUCGCCCGGACUCAAGAGGUGGCUGGCCCAGGCAGUGAGGGACAGAGGAGGCGAAGCUACAAUCAAGGCCAAACGGACGCAAGCAAAGCAAUGCCGCGCUAGUGACCUCAGUCUGCUUGACUCACUCGAUGCGGCGGGAGAGGAAGCGCAAGAUGAACCUGAAGCGUCAACAUCGCGGGCAAUCAGCAGCAGCACAUCGGCAGGCAAGAGCACGAUCAGGAAGCGCAAGGCAGUCUCGAAGAAGGAUGGAUCAGCAAAGCCAAAAGCAUACACACCACCUCGUCGCUCAGGAGGGUGGGGCAUUCUCAUUGGCCUCUGGCUCCUCACCCAGCAAGAGCCCUCCACCUCCUUGCACCCCCACUUCUCCAAGGAUGACAUUAUAUCCACAGCCAAGAAGUACAGUCGCUCCUCCUAUACGCACUCGAUUGUAGCGCGCUUUGCGUCCUCGUCGUCAGCAAGUGGGGCAGGGAAGGCCUAUUCAACAGCCUGGGAUACGAUGCGCACGCUGCUCAAGCACGACUUGGUGUGGCAGACGGGAAGGCCAGCAAUGUUCGGUCUGAGUGAGGUAGGAUUGGAGGUGGCGAGAAGCAUCGCCAAAGAGGAAGGGAAGCUGAAUGAGGCGGUAGGAGAAGAUGAAGGGUCGGCCCUGUCGGGAGAGGAAGACGAGCAGGAUGAUCCUCAGCUGGCAGAGAGCUCAGACCGUGGUGUUCCUCGACAUGCCUCGACGGCGAGCAACGACAUAGACGCAGAGUACGAAUAUAUACUGCACGGGACACCUGGCGCUGCCUCAUCAGCAGCAAGAAAGCGGAAGAAUCAGCCAUCGUCGGCGGCGGCUGUAGGGGGAAAUGAGAGCACUACAAGCUCUCGAAGGGGAGCAGCCCUGAAAUUGCCGCCAAGGUCUGCAGCCACUGCAGAGGGAAGGGCGGCCAAGACCACUAAGGUGCCCGCUAGAGGCUGCCGGAGAGGGGCGCCUACUGAGACAAUCGAGCUGAGCAGCGAUAGCGAAUGAAGCUCUCUGUGCAAUCAUACCUUUCAUCAUGCCG